CUUCUUAUAAAUUUUAUAUAUUUAUUCAUAAAUUUACAAAUCUCCGGAGAAUAAAUUUUGAUUUAUUUUUGCCUAGUUGCAAUAAAUAUUUAUUUGACAAUCAGACAAGCCAAAAAACAUGUUCGUUCAAAGCGUAAAUUAUCCGUUUACUACGAUUGAACCAUUGUAACAACUAACACAUUUCAAAUAAGCGAUGGAGCAUGACCCUUUAUGUAUAGACGAAAUAAACUUAUCAGAAUUUAGUGGCCAAUCCUCCCAUCUAAGCGAGGCUGCUGAUAGCGAUCAAGAAUCCAAAUCCUGGGAUGUUUUGAUUAACGAUAUGAACACGACGGAUGAAAAGCUCAAAAAAUUGGACUUGGAAUACGAAAAAGCGAUUCAUACUUUAAACACCAAACAAAGUAUUCGUUUUAAUUCGAAUACUACUUUACAGCCACCACCCAUAUCCCAGGCCUCUUCUUCUCAACCCCUCAUCGUUGCUCCAGUAAGUACAACCAUUAACAACGUUAAGCCCUCCUUACCUAACUUAGGAAUUCCUAUUUGGAAUCAUCAAAUCAGUCUCACCAGCGCUGAUUCUUGUCCCUCUGAAUCGCCUAUCGUUCAAAAUGACAUCGCCUCUCGAGACCAAGAAUUGAACACCCCUAUCACCCAAGACACAUCACUUUCUAAAGCGAAUGCCACUACGGUUCAGAAACCUCCAGAUAUGUCGAGCUCAAUCGCUCAAACUAUUAAUGAUCCAUAUCAAUCAGACACGAAUAGAAAUAAUCUGCUUCCCAUUUACGUUGUAAAAUUCGAUAAUAUUCCCACUCCCGUUCCCGAACGGCUUCCUCACCGAAAUAUGGAGAUUUCGGCUGGGGAUUUUUUGUUUGGUCUAAGCGGCAACAGCAAUUUGAAUACCCAAUUCUUAUCGGUCGAAAAAAUAAGUGACGGUCAACGCGGCAUAGUUCCAAAAAGUCACUUGCAACCGGUCCCGACUAAUUUGCUCGCCGAUUACUUUAAACUUUGUAACCUGCUUUACCUUUCUUCCAAUUCAUUCGUUUGCCCUUCUUCGGCUACUGAUAAAGCUCUUUUCAAAGGAAGUCCUCGGGGAUAUCGAGAAGAACGUGAUGGUGAUAUAGAUAAUGAGCCCACUGUAAGAGCCUUAGAUAGUAGGGAGGAGUAUAAUAGCGAACACGCGAGUGAAGGAAAUGUCGACGUCUACGAUGAUUGCUUGAUAGACAGUCUUAUUGCGCUGAUUUCGAAAUCGUAUUUGACUACUAAUUCUGAUAUUUUAGUUCCUCACCCAACUUUUUUAACGGUCGAUAAGAGACUUAAGAAAAGUAUAUUGGUGAGUUGGUGUAAGCCUAAACAACUACCUGAGAAGGCGCUUCAAGGAUAUCAAAUCAUCGUCGAUGGUGUUGUUAAGUGCGUGACAAAGCGCGACCAAAGAACGCGAGCUCUUAUCGAAGAUAUCGAUUUUUAUAAAACUCACAGGAUAAGUAUUAUAUCCGUUAUACCUGUCGGCCAUUCUCACGAUGCCUUUUGUACGAUAACUAUAGGAAGAGAUGCAACAUCGACUCCUACUCGGAUUCGAGCCAUUGAAAUAACAAAAUGUGGUUGCAUUAUUGUGUGGCUGGCUAGCGAUACCAAUAUGCAUCACACAAUUUUCGUAAAUAAUAUUCAGGUCAAAACCUUGAAACCUGGCAUCUUAUACUAUCGGCUAAAAGGUUUAUCCCCAUCCACACCAUACAGAGUUAAAGUUAGGGCGAGUUCUUUACACAAAAUAAAUCCAUAUCGAUCUUCUUCCGCCGACGCCACUCUUUUUGAAUUUCGAUCUAUCAAUGAGGCAGCGAUCGAAUUUAAGACACUCCCCGGAAAAAUGCCCAAGCCUCCUACAAAUUUAGUAAUAGAACCGGGUCCACAAGAUGGUGCCUUUUUACUUAGUUGGAACCCCGUUCCUUUAGAGACCGAAUUACAGUUUAAAUUUGAUCUACAAGAUGAUGCUGAGUGCGCCAUCGAAGGUUACAAAGUAUACUUUGACGGGAUUAAAGUAGCAGAAAUUCAAACUCCUUUAGGCGAUCACAUUGUACUGGGAAUGGAAACGUUCCUUCAAAACGAUAUUCCAACCUUUAUAACGGUCAGAUCUGUUUCUGGGGAUUUACAAUCCCGUGACUCACUUCCCGCCAAAUUUUUGGAAAGACCAGAACCUCAAAUCACGAUUAACGAAAGCACAUUGGAAACUUAUUCUAAUCGAGAAGAAGAAAUGGAAAAAUACCAAAUGCCGCCUUGUGCAAUUUCGUACAGCUUUGAUACUAGCUCUUGUGGCAUCAGUAUCGAUGAGGAAAAUCUUAUGCGCGAUAAAUUUCUCAGGGAAUACAAAAAAUUUGAAAAUAAAAACCAGUCACAAUUACGUUCGGAUUCAGAAAAUGACGCCAAGUAUUGCAAUCAAAAUUAUACGAAGACUUCAGCUUCAAAAUAUUCUCAAUCAUGCAUCUCAUCCGUCCCAUUUAAUGUAGGUGGCGGUGAUGGCCACGUUAAUACACAAUUAUCUCAACGUAAUGCCUGCCAUAUACACAAAACUUCUCUACCUUAUAAUAAUGGUACUCCAGCAUAUGCUCCAACUUUAAAGAAUGAUCCUCGUUAUUAUAAUUACGGCAGAAACGAAGCCCCUUGCUAUAAAUCAAUCAAUACUUUCGUUUCAGGACCUAUGAAAGCGAGAAGUAUCGAAAAAAACGGUUCGACGCGUAGGGGCUCUGACAAUAUCUUAAUGCCUUUCAAUAAACUUGACAUUCUCAGACCCGCGGUUUCCCCUCUAACGUUUAAUGUCUCUGAAACCUUCCCUCUCCCUUUAACUCGUAGAAGAUCUUUGACGACGUGCAAUAAUGUAUUUUACGAUUACAAUCCCCCAACUUACGAUCCCUACUAUAAUUUUCCUCCCUUUCAAGUCCAGUAUCCCGAAAUUAAUCGGUACGAAAGGCCCUUUUACCCCCAAAACGUUGCUUUAGCAUAUGAAAAAAUUGAUAUGACUGGGGAUCCUAGGCGUUAUAAUAGUACUCUUCCUAGAAAUUUUGGUAGUUCGGGACCCGUCUCCUCUUUUACACGAUACCCUCGUCAACAAUUUAUGGAAAGAAGGCGGGACGAUUACCUAUUGAAUAUUAAUGGAGGAAACAGACAAAGAGUUAAUGAAUACGAUAAUUACGAUAGCCUUAAGGAUAAUGAGUUGGAAACUAUACAAAAUUAUCCGCCCCGUUUCGAUGUGGAAAAAGAUAGAGCGAACGAAGCGACAAGUACUUAUUCUAGGACUAAUUCAAAAGCCAAUCAUUUUGACAGGAGGAGAGCGGAUAUAAAUCCUGAUAAAAAGGUGCCCGUUUGGGUUCGGGCCCUCUUCAGCUACAAUCCUAGUACAAUGUCACCUAAUGAUCCCGAAGCAGCCAAAGAGGAACUUUCUUUUCUUAAUGGUCAAUUAAUAAGAGUUCUUUCCGCUCUAGACCCUGAUGGAUUUUUUUGGGGCUCGACUGAUCCUAUGUUUCCUAUUUCUUCAAUCUCCUCAGCUAGUUCCAAUCAAGAUGAUCAUUUUAAUCCGGCUUCACUGAACCAAGAAGAACGCGAAUUAAUUGGCAAAAUCGUGGGAUUAGUUCCCAUAAACAUGGUGAGCUCACCUUUGAACCCAGCAGAAUUAGGACAAGCCAUAAGCUAUGUGCCAUUUUACCCAGAUAUUAAGGUUAGCCUACCAGUAUCGGUCGAUGUGUCACAAAUCAAACAGCAUAAGCCUUCAUAUCCUGGAUCUAAGAGGAAUAAUAUUUCGAACAGAAAAAUGUCUAGUAGUCAUGACAGAGAUCAUGACUUAAAUUUGGAGGAAGUAAACGCCAGCAAAAACUCAAAAAAUAAAGCAACGAAAAAAACUGAUGAAGCUUCUUUCAAGCAAAGAUCCAAAAACUCUGAGUACCCACCUUUUAGAUCGGUAAAAGGAAGGACUUCUCAAAACGCAUCACAACCUUUAGCAGUUACCGAUAAAAAUAAUAAUAUUUCAUCGGAAAGAUUUUUUCAAACUCGGCAUAUUCAAGAGGGCGUGAUAAAACGGAACAUCGAAGGUGAAACUAGACUUCCCGAUGACCGACCCUUAACAUCAGAAGCUGUUCCGUCCUCUUUAUCUCCUCUCAAGUCCAAAAGGAUGAUAGCUUUGUACGAUUAUGACCCCAAGGUUUUGUCACCAAAUGUCGACGCCGAUCUUGAAAUAUCUUUCAAAAUUGGUGAUAUUAUCAUUGUGGAAGGCGAUAUGGAUCCGGAUGGUUUUUAUAUGGGAUCCCUUGGUGGAGUUAAAGGAUACGUUCCAUCAAAUUUCUUAAAAGAGCUUCCACCUUUGCCUGAAGAUGAUCCAGAACUACUUGAAAUGCAACCUAAAAUGAAUCAAAAGCGAACUAAAUAGCAAUUAGAGAAUAUUCUUUUUUAUUGAACUACAACUGUGGGGAUUGUUGAAACAUAUGCAAACAAUUUUGAUAUGAAUGGAUUAUAAUUUAUUAAUUUUUUGCUGAGUUUUUUUAUUGUAAAUUUGCAAUUAAAAACAUUAUUUAUUAAUAAUUCUAUAAUUAAAAUAUAUUAACUAGGGAUGAAAAAAGACCUCUUUGUAAACAAAAACAAAUAUUUUUUUAAAAUAAAUUUAAUUGUAUUGCAAAUUUUUCAUUAUCACAAUCAUUUUAUAAUUACUAUUGUAAUUUUCUUAAAAUAUUUAAUUAAUCUCUACAUUUUUUUUGAAUAAGAAAAUUAAUUUCAUUGGUCCAACUCAAGGAAUGCAUUUUUAAUCACAUGACCUGUCAGAUUUGACAAGUCAUUAAUAAAAAUGAAUAAACUUUAUUAAAACUAUUUUUUAUAUAUUUUAACACUAGUCCAUAUCUCUCGAACUUUUAAUUAACCCUAACCCAUAUCUCUCUAACCUUUAAUCCUACAAAUUUUUUUAUUUUUAAAUAUAUUUCAUCCAAUUAAAAAAUUUCCUUGAAUUGAAGAUUUCUUGAGAUGGUUUUAUUAUCUAAUAUAAUAUAAAAAAAAUAAAUCAAACAGAAUAUACUUUUCAUUGUUCUUCCAUCGUUGUUGGUGGCAUUGUUUUUUGUUGUUUUUAUGAUUUAUAUUUUGAGUGUUUCAAAAUAUAUUUAAACCUAUUCUUUGUUUGAAAACACAAUUUGUUUGUUUUUUUUAUUUUUAUAUCCCUAAUUAAAACUAAAUCUUAUUAAAGUGUUUUAUAUUAUAAUAAUGUAAAAGAUAUCCAAAUUAAUUUACAUCAAAUCUAUAUAAAUCAGAUGCCAGUUUUCUAUUAUUAUUUGACAG